ACCAUGCUGGGGCGAAACUACACCUCCGUGUCUGAGUUCAUCCUCGUCGGCUUCUCCGCCUUCCCCCACCUUCAGCUGACGUUUCUCCUGCUCUUCCUGCUCAUGUACCUGUCCACGCUGCUGGGAAACCUGCUCAUCACGGCCACCGUGUGCAGCGAGCGCGGCCUGCACACGCCCAUGUACCUCUUCCUGUGCGUCCUGUCCAUCUCCGAGGUCCUCUACACCUUGGCCGUCAUCCCGCGCAUGCUGGCCGACCUGCUCUCCGCCCACCGCUCCAUCGCCUUCCCGGCCUGUGCCGCCCAGAUGUUCUUCUCCUUCUCCUUUGGCUUCACCCACUCUUUCCUGCUCACCGUCAUGGGCUACGACCGCUACGUGGCCAUCUGCCACCCCCUGCGCUACAACGUGCUCGUGAGUCCCCGGGGCUGUGCCUGCCUGGUGGCCUGCUCCUGGGCUGGGGGCUCCAUCAUGGGGACGGUGGUCACGACAGCCGUUUUCCACCUCACCUUCUGUGGACCCAAUGAGAUCCACCAUUUCUUCUGCCACGUGCCACCUCUGCUGAAGUUGGCCUGUGGGGAUGACGUAGUGGUGGUGGCCCUGGGCGUGGGCUUGGUGUGCAUCGUGGCCCUGCUGGGCUGCUGUCUGCUCAUCCUCCUCUCCUACGCCUUCAUCGUGGCCACCAUACUGAAGAUCCCUUCAGCUGAGGGUCGGCACAAAGCCUUCUCCACCUGUGCGUCCCACCUCACUGUGGUGGUCGUGCACUACGGCUUCGCCUCUGUCAUUUACCUCAAGCCCAAGGGUCCUCAGUCUCUGGAAGGGGACACCCUGAUGGGCAUCACCUACACGGUGCUCACGCCCUUCCUCAGCCCCAUCAUCUUCAGCCUCAGGAACAAGGAGCUAAAGAUCGCCAUGAAGAAGACGUUCUUCAUCAAAGUCCUUUCCCAGAACUCCUGA